UCUUGAUUGAUCUACAGUAUCUUUGUUCCGAACUGGAAGAAGAUCGCCCAUAAAGCAACGGCUGACUCCAUAAUCUGAUAGUCUUACUUACUCCUUAUUAUAGCAGAACAAACAAAAAGACAGACAGGACCAUGAACGUUGCUGCAAUGCUUACUAUUACUAGUGGUAUGCAUACAAGCAAGCAUGCGCUGGGCAUCCUUCAGAGAGGAGGUGGUCUUCGUUCCGUCAUGAUUGGAAGUCUCCACUGCACACGCUCUUUGGCCACUUCGUCGCGUACGAAAGCUCGCCCUACUAAGAAUCGCACUCUUAAGAACCUCCACGCUGCGAGUCGAGCUCCUCCUAGUAUGGCCGUUGCCAAAGCCAUGCCACUUUCGUGCAAGGAAAUGGAAAAUUCGGAAUUGGUCUUAUUGGGUCACAUGGGCAAUGUGGAUGCACGCAAGGAAAUUCUCACCAGACACAUUAUGACGGUAGACAAGGUCACUUAUGAAACGGCCAAGGAAACGGCAUUGCAAAUUGCGGCUGUGAAUCGACAAGGCAUGGGCUGGUUGACGAUACCCUAUAAAAUUGGAAUUGGAGUCGCAUUGACGGCGGCCCUGGGAUCCUUUCCCAUGGUAUUUGAUAUCAAUACCGUUACUUGGUUUAACGAAUUCUACGUCACAGCAGAUGUCCCAGAACCUAAAGAUCUAGAAACACCUCUGGAAGUGGGAAGUUGGGCAUGGAAUUGGAUGGAACCGCCCUUGGGACAAAUCUCAUUUGUUCUAUUGUGUCUGCAGUACACGAGAUCCCAAAUUGAUAACCUGGGCGCUCGGCCGUACACGCAAAUGGUCAUGACUUCCAGGGCUGAGAAAUUGGCAAAGGCAUUUCCACAGUAUGAUGCCGAUAUUGUCAAGGACUUUAGUCUCGCCAUCUCCUUUUAUCAUGACAAACAUGGACUACGAUCCAGAAACUAAUGCACACAAGCAUGCAUACAAACACAUGACACGACACGACGAAUAUGAACGAAUG